AUGGAUUAUGAAAAGAAGUUCAAAGCCUAUCAAGAUCACGCGAAUUUCAUUCAUCAACCGCCCAAGCCUCUGCAUCCGACCAUAGCCUCGUGGCCUUUCGAAGCAUGGGGGCCUGAUCUGGUUAGCGCUAUAACACCUAAGUCGUCAGCAGGGCACUCAUGUAUCCUUGCAGCCACUGACUACUUUUCAAGAUGGGCUGAGGCUGUCGCUCUAAGGGAAGCUAAGAAAGAAAACGUGGUGGAUUUUAUCCGCACUCAUAUCAUUUAUCGGUACGGUAUUCCCCAUCGGAUCGUGACGGAUAACAGGAGAUAA